UAACGUUACCGAAUGGAUGUUAAUUGCUUACCAUGGUGCGAACUGACAGCGCGCGUGCGUGAGUGAAUUGAGCGAUCGACGAUCUUUCGAACAGACCCAGAUGUUCGGUUGAAGGCAUGUGGAUCUGAGUUAUUUAAUUAUUAUUGAUUGCGUUUUUCAUUCUGAAUGGAUUCUUCAAGACCUACUGGAUACACUCGGUUCGCAUUGGCUGUUCUGAAAGGCGUUGAAACUGUGCAAAAAAAAAUAGUUACCAAAACGGAGAAUAGAAUUGUCUGAGUACGUUUUCGGUGCUGCGAAAAUGCGAUUUAGCAUGACAUGAGAAAUCUUCACCACCCACAGUGGAAGCGAGCGGGUUUAAUCGACUAACAGUUAAUUAACUGUUGUUGGAAGAUAGUGAUUAUAGAGCCGGGGAAAGGUGCCCGGUUGGAACGGAAAACCUGUAGUUUUGUGGCCUUCAAGCGUGCGGGUGAAAGAUCCGAGUAGGCUGGUUCGGUCGCUUGACCAUAACUACCAAAACAAUGCUCGGUGGUUGUUGUUUGUGUUAUCUUGAGGUAAAAUAGUAUGAAAAUUCAUGUGAAAUACUUACUUAAAUCGUUGUAGCGAUCGUCGUACAGGUGUGUGACCAAUCCUCCAUGUAGGAUUUUUUUUUGUUGUAACGCUACAUCGUACCGAAGUUUAAGCGGAUUCGAAGUUUCCUGUGUUUGGUUCAGUGAGUGGCAGUGAAAUUGUGAGAUAGAUAGCAUUAACAUAUCGGCCAGAUACAAGCCGCCGGAAGAAAGCGUCGAGGAUUUGUGAUCUCUCACGCAGCCAGACGAUUUAGGCAACUGGUUUUGUGCAUUGUUUGAGCUGUUCCGGACACUGUACGACUGACGCUAUCAGUAAACCGGGCGUAAUUGUAUGAGAGAAAGGAAUAUGGCAUACAAUGGGCUGUCGCAGCAUGUGGACUUCCUGAGACUACCGAAUCCAAGCGAGCGCUUCGAGCUGCUGGUUCUCAUUGGCGAGGGAACCUACGGUGAAGUGUACAGUGCCAAGGAUAAGCACAGUGGACGGAAAUAUGCGGUUAAGAUCUUGGAAACCAUUGCCGACAACAUUGAGGAAAUCGAAGAGGAAUAUCUGGUGCUGCGCGAUCUAUCGAACCAUCCAAACAUUCCGGAUUUCGCGGGGCUUUUCCUCAAACGAGGUCCAACCGUUGAAGAUGACCAGCUGUGGUUCGUACUUGAGCUCUGCACCGGCGGUUCGGUUACCGAUUUAGUCCAGGGUCUGCGUAACCGAGGGACGCGUCUGUCGAACAACCAAAUUGCGUACAUUCUCCGAGAGACGGUUCAGGCGCUGGUGUUCCUGCACGAGAACCAUUGCAUGCAUCGGGACAUCAAGGGACACAAUAUACUGCUGACGGAGAAUGGCCACGUAAAGCUGGUGGACUUCGGCGUUAGUUCCCAUCUGGCAGCAACGAUGGCCAGAAGGAAUACUAGCGUGGGGACGCCAUACUGGAUGGCACCGGAAGUGAUUGCCUGCGAGCAGCAACUGGAUCAGUCGUAUGAUUCACGGUGCGAUGUGUGGUCCGUUGGAAUUACGGCCAUUGAGCUGGCCGAGGGAGAUCCUCCGCUGUGUGAGUUACAUCCGAUGCGAGCUCUGUUUCAAAUUCCUCGGAAUCCGCCUCCGAAGUUGCAACAUCCGGAGCAGUAUUCGGCCAUGCUGUCGGAUUUCAUUUCCGAGUGUUUGGUUAAGGAUUUGGAACAGAGACCGUUCUCCAAGGAAUUGGUUACACAUCCGUUUCUAAAGGCGGUCGGACCAUACGUGGAACAGGUGCGACAUGAACUAAAACUGGAGAUUCAGAAACAACGUUCGGACGGUAGAGCUCCUCGCCAAGCGGAGGCUACUACCAAAUAUGGGAAGCUGAAGUCCGAUCGGAAGUCUAAACCGCAAAAAAUGUACAUGGACGAUCUGGCGGCGUUGGAUGUGCUAACAGAGGACACAAUCGUGGAGCAGCUGCAGAAGCGGUUUGAAACAAGCCAGAUCUACACCUACAUUGGCGAUAUACUGGUGGCAGUGAACCCGUUCGCCCAGCUGGGACUUUACACGAGUUACCAUCAGAAAAAGUAUGCAGGAAAGACACGAUCCGACAAUCCGCCGCAUAUUUUCGCUGUAGCGGAUGCCGCCCAUCAAGCUCUCGUUCACCAGAAACAAAAUCAGGCGAUCGUCAUUUCCGGCGAAAGCGGAUCCGGUAAAACGGAAAGUGCCAAUCUUUUGCUGAAACAAUUGGUUUAUUUAGGCAAGGCAGUUACCAAAAACCUAGAGGAACGAAUUCUUCAGGUGAACCCCAUUAUGGAAGCCUUCGGCAACGCACGAACUGGAAUUAAUUCGAACAGUUCUCGAUUUGGCAAGUACCUGGAGCUAACGAUGGCACGCAGUGGCAAGGUGAACGGAGCACGAAUCUUCGUUUAUCUACUGGAGCAGAGCCGGGUGGUACGACAAGCCGAAGGCGAAGGAAAUUUCCAUAUUUUCUACUACAUGUACGACGGUUUACAAUCCGAGAAGCGCUUAGAAGAGUACUACCUGCAUCCGUCGUAUCGGAAAACUCAUCGUUACCUACAGGAAACCGUAACGUUACCGAAGAGCAACGUUGACCGUUGGAAGCAGCUGUUGGCUAGUUUUAAGGUGCUUGGCUUCCGCGAUGACGAGGUGGACAUGGUGAACCGGGUGCUAGCGGCCAUCUUGAAUCUGGGCGAUAUGGAGUUCGGUGAGAUCGAUUCCAACGAUAACACGGACAGCCGGGCACGGGUCAUCGAUGUGGCGCCGAUGCAUCGAGUGUCCAAACUGCUGGGCGUGGAGUCGGCCGAUUUGCUGGAGGCGCUGACUUCGAAUUCGGUGGUUACGCGCGGGGAAACCAUAACCCGACACAAUAACGUAGCCGAAGCCUGUACCGCCAGGGAUGCCAUGGCGAAGGGUUUGUAUGGGCGGCUGUUCGAUUGGAUGGUCAAUCAGAUCAAUCUGCUGUUGGUGCAUAAUAAAUCAAAUAACAGCCCGGAACAACUAGCGAUUGGACUUUUGGACAUAUUUGGGUUUGAAAAUUUCGCCAAAAAUUCCUUCGAACAGUUGUGUAUUAACAUAGCAAACGAACAAAUUCAGUACUACUUCAAUCAGCACAUCUUUACUUGGGAGCAACAGGAAUACAUGGCUGAGGGAAUUCCGGUCGAUAUGGUAGAAUUCGCUGACAAUCGUCCCGUUCUGGAUAUGCUCCUGAGUCGACCGCUCGGUUUAUUGGCCCUGCUUGACGAAGAAUCUCGUUUUCCGAGAUCCAACGAUAAGUCGCUGAUUGAAAAAUUCCAUAACAACAUCAAGUCCAAAUUCUACCAGCGCCCGAAAUCGGACGCCGUGUGCUUCGCCAUUCACCAUUUUGCCGGUCGCGUCGUCUACCAGGCGGAUGGUUUCCUGGAAAAGAAUCGCAAUUUCCUACCGGCGGAGAUUAUCCAACUGAUUCGGCAGAGUCAGUACGACAUGAUCCGUUUUCUGUUCCAGUGUCCGAUCACCAAGACUGGGAAUCUGUACUCGGCUAUUCAGGACACUGGAUCGCGACAGAACGUGUCCAAUUUUAUCAAGGUCGAUACAAAGGAAAAGUUCAAUUCCCGUGGUCUGGCUUCGCAGUCUAGAGCUCAGCAAACGGUGGCUACCUAUUUCCGCUACUCGCUAAUGGAUCUACUCCAGAAAAUGGUCACCGGAUCUCCACAGUUCAUCCGAUGCAUUAAGCCAAAUGACGUGAAAGCCGCCAAGAACUUCGAACCGAGCAAGGUGCUGAAACAGUUGCGCUACACAGGAGUGCUGGAGACGAUUCGAAUCCGUCAGCAUGGAUUCAGUCAUCGGUUGGCGUUCGCUGAGUUCUUGAAGAGAUACUACUUCCUCGGGUACGGAUUCGAGGAACGCGUCGUCGCUAGCCGGGAAUCAUGUCGUUUACUUUUAGUGCGUCUAAAAAUGGAUGGAUGGGCACUCGGGAAGUCCAAGGUGUUCCUCAAGUACUACCAUAUCGAGUAUUUGUCCAAACUAUACGAGGAGCAUGUUCGUAAGAUUGUGCUGGUGCAGGCUUGUAUUCGACGUUGGUUGGCCAGAGCUCGUGUCAAGCGGGAGAAAAUGCAACGGGUAGCCCUGAGUGCAGUCACCUUGCAGAAGCACGUCCGUGGCUGGUUGACGCGCCGUCGUAUGAACAGAAUGCUGCGCGAAAGACAGGAGAAGGAACGCAUCGAACAGGAGCGACUGGAAAAGGAACGUGUUGCGAGAGAGAAGAAAAAUAAUGAACAAAACAAAGCCAAACAAGCCUUCGCGAAGGCAAAAUUGAUCCACCAGCUAUCCAAUCAAGACUUGAUCAAACCGUCCGAAAAGCAGAACGUGGAUGUGAACAACAAAGAAAACGAAAAGGCGGCCAUCGUAAUACAAAGCUACUAUCGCGGCUAUACAAUCCGGAAGCUUAAACUUUCGCCUGAAGUCGAAGCCAAAACUAAAUACAUCCUUGGAAUCGCUAGAAAUAGAGUCGAAGCCCAACGGAUGAUGCAAAAGGAAGGUUUCACCAAGGAAGACGCUGCUCGUAUAAUACAAAGGUACUAUCGUACCCACAAGAGCAAGAACAAUAAUCACAACAACAUCAACAACAAUAACAAUAGCAAUGUUAGUAAGGAAGCUAUUCGUAAGAAAGCUCCGGCACCGCAACCCAGCAAACCGUUGUCCUCCAAGGAUCAACAGGUGGAUUUGAUUGCAUUCUCACAAAACGUACAUAUGCUGAACCAGGACGUUCACAAGAAUCUACGGGCCACCAAAACUGGAGUGCCCCUGGAUGCCAUAGAGAAGCUACCGAGUGAGUACAAGCGGCCGCCGGGGUUUGUGCUUGUCCCUGGGCUGCUGGGAACAGUACCCGGGGGGGAGUUUACCAAAUAUAGUUCCUUCCGCAGCGCGGGAGAUUGUGACCACGAGAUGACCAAGGAACUGAUCCAAAGCCCCUCGAUGACAACCGAGUUCGAUGACAUCUCCCCGUGGGAUAUGCCGUUCUAUGAACUGGAACGCAAUCUGCGCUCGCAAAGACAACGGAACCUCCAACAGCAACAGCUGCAGCAACGGGUGGACAUCAACCGUAAUGAAAUCCUUGGAGACCGAAUGGUAGAGCUGAGCGAACGCAAGCAGCAACUAUCGAACAACUGGCACCACGCAAUCCAGGCGACCGAGGCGGCUCAGGACCAUAAAUUCAAGGGGAUGGGCAGAUCCAACAAUCAUCAGGAACCGGCCCCGAUUCGACAUAUCCCCGCAUUCAGUUAUCUCAAUCCGAAUGGACACCAAGUUCUUCGUUACUCUCCCAACAACGUGGAUCAGCAAACUUCACCUCAAUCUAAUCCGCACCAGCAGCGGUAUCAGGAUAUGCCGUUCCACCAUAUCCAACAUCACCAGCAACCACAACAACAACAAAACGGGCAGCAGCAAUCACAACAGCAACAAGAACAACACAACCAAUCACCAACGAAUGGUCAGGGAAAGGUUAAAAAGCCAAGUUCCAAACACGAGUACAAGAUCAAAGAGAAAGAAAAUAAGGAGCGCAAAAAGAAGGAGAAAAAAGCCAAAAAAGAUAAAGUCAAAUCGGCAUCACCGAACUCCGCUGGGUUGUCGGCGUUCAGUGGUUCGGCGGAAAAGUCCCGCAAGGAACCGAAAAAGAAGGCCCCGAUGCCAUUGCCGCAGCCACCGCAGCAGCGAAUCAUCGAUCAGCACGACUACCAGAACAUCUCGGAGGAAACGAAAAUCGACAGCAAAAGUCCGGUGAUGCGAAUGUUCGGCGAUACGCACUUUCUGCUGAAUCACCGCCGGAAGGCUUCCAGUCAGAAAGAGAGCAACCUGAGCUGCGGGCAGGGGGUUUGCGAACUGAUGAACGGAGUUUACCGGUUCAGUCCACACGUUACGUCAUUCGCGGAACUCGAAUCCAGCAAGGGCAGUCACCAGUCGCACUCGUCCACCCUGGAUUCGAAGGAGUACCAAAAUUUUAACGUGUCGAAGUAUCUGAACAUCGACGUCAAAACUCCGAAUCUGCGCGGCGUCAAGAACCACAUCAGCUCCAACAGCAGCAGCUUGAGUACGGGCAGCAGCGGAUCUAACUCGCUGAAUUCUUUCGACUCCGUCGAACAGGCAAUCAUCUUUCAGAAGAACAAAAACGCCGACUCGUACCUGGGUCCUUUCAACUUUCGGCAGCUCCUUAGGCCCACGCAAGGACCAACGGAAUCCCUCCGCAAGCGGAAAGGAAUCAAUCCGCCGUCGCCACCGCCACCGCAACGGGGCAAGAGUUGAACGGGCGGAAUGUUGUUCGCUUAGUUAAAUAGUGGUACAUUGUAAGUUGAUGUGAAUUGUUGUUUUCGUUUGCAUUAGUGCUAUUGUGCAUUUCUUUGAAAUUUACUUGUGUGGGUGUCUACGAGUGCCGACCACGGCACGCUCAGCGGUAGACAAUCGACUCGUUUCGCCUUCCUGAGGAUAGGGGAUUCAUUAUCCACGGGGAAUUUUCGGGAAUACUAUGUUAAGGUGGGAUUGUGUGUUAAAUCUAUUUACAAUCUGUGAAUCUGACAGCUGAAGUUAAAUAUAUAUGUAGACAUAAUGUAUCUCGUA